UGGAAUGUCCCUCAAAACCUAGACACACAAGUUCAGCGCUCUCUCUGUCUCUCUCUUCUCUCUCUGUCUCUCAUACACCUCGGUGGUUUUUGAAGGCAACCCAAUACAGUCCUUUGGAGUCACAGGUUUUACUGUUCGUAUCUUUCCUUAAAUUCAUGCUUCGAACUGUUAUGUUUUCUUGAUUUCUAACGUUAAUGUAGUUUGAAUCACACCAAACCCAAUCAACAAUUUCAUCACAAAUCUUCAACCUAGGGUUUCAAAUUAACUAUAUAUUACCCUGUGUAACUUCAAGUAACAAUGUUAUAUGAUUGAGUAUUGUAGCUUUUGAAGCUUGGUUAUUGUGUGGUUGUGUUGUUUUGAAUCCUGGGUUGUUAUGGGGGAUGUGAAAAUACCCAAUUGGCUCAAAGGGUUGCCAUUUGCACCUGAGUUUCGCCCAACUGACACUGAAUUUGCAGACCCAAUUGCUUACAUAUCGAAAAUUGAGAAAGAAGCUAGUGUUUUUGGUAUAUGUAAGGUUAUUCCACCAUUGCCCAAACCUUCAAAAAAAUAUGUUAUUUCUAACUUAAACAAGUCACUUUCAAAGAGCCCGGAGUUGGGUCCAGAUAUAAACGUAGCAGACGUUUCUUCUUCUUCGAAAAUGGAUUCUGGGAAUGAGGCAAAUGACGGGGAGGUUCGGGCAGUAUUUACCACAAGACACCAAGAAUUGGGUCAGAAUGCAAAGAAAACUAAAGGAGCAGUUCAGGCUCAGCCACCGGUUGUUCAUAAGCAAGUGUGGCAAAGUGGGGAAGUAUAUACGUUGGAGCAGUUUGAAUCUAAGUCGAAGGCUUUUGCCCGGAGUCAAUUGGGUAUGGUUAAGGAGCAUUCUCCAUUAGUUAUAGAAGCACUAUUUUGGAAGGCAGCUACCGAGAAGCCUAUAUAUGUGGAAUAUGCGAAUGAUGUGCCUGGCUCUGGGUUUGGAGAACCAGAGGGAACACUUCGGUAUUUUCAUAGACGGAGGAGGAGGAGAUUAUUCAGUCGAAACAGUCGAGUUAGCGCUUACAGCAAGAAAUAUCAUGUAAAUACUAUGAGCAAUAAUUGUGAAAACACAGGGGCUUCAACCAAGAAUAGUCCUAAUUCUUUGAGUGAAACAUCCAAGGUGUCUGUUAGUUUACCAAUUAUGUUGGCAAAUCAAACUUCACAGAUUUCUAAGCAAAAGAUCUCAAAUGCUUCUAAUGAGGUGGAAGGUACUUCUGGUUGGAAGCUUUCAAACAGUCCUUGGAACUUACAAGUAAUUGCACGGUCACCUGGCUCACUUACGCGUUUCAUGCCAGAUGAUAUUCCGGGUGUUACUUCACCCAUGGUCUAUAUUGGUAUGUUAUUCAGUUGGUUUGCUUGGCAUGUUGAAGAUCACGAGCUUCACAGCUUGAAUUUCCUCCACACUGGCUCUCCAAAGACUUGGUAUGCAGUCCCAGGAGAAUAUGCAUUUGCGUUUGAGGAAGUUGUUCGUAACCAGGCUUAUGCAGGAAAUUAUGAUCGCUUAGCUGCUCUUUCACUUUUGGGUGAGAAGACUACUCUUCUAUCACCUGAAGUUGUUGUUGAGUCUGGCAUUCCAUGUUGCAGGUUAGUGCAGAACCCUGGUGAAUUUGUUGUGACUUUUCCAAGGGCUUACCAUGUUGGAUUCAGCCAUGGUUUUAAUUGUGGGGAAGCUGCUAACUUCGGCACUUCAAAGUGGCUUAAAGUAGCUAAGGAAGCUGCAGUGCGUAGAGCUGCUAUGAAUUAUCUCCCCAUGCUUUCCCAUCAGCAACUACUAUACCUGUUGACAAUGUCUUUCAUUUCAAGAAUCCCAAGAUCCUUAUUGCCAGGGGCACGAAGCUCACGUUUGAGAGAUCGCCAGAGGGAAGAAAGAGAGCUGUCAGUGAAGAAGGCUUUUAUAGAAGAUAUUUUAGGCGAGAACAAUUUGCUAACCAGUCUUCUUGGAAAAAAAUCAUCUUAUCAUGUAGUCUUAUGGGACCUGGAAUCACUACCAUCUCCAAGUAAACAGUCUGAACCGUGCAGCAGUGUUGCCGUGUUUGUUCCUCCACCAAGUGAAGACAUCUGUUCAGAGAUUAAGGAAAAACAGGAUCUGCUAAGCGAGAUGAGCUUGUAUAUGGAAACUGUGAACGACUUGUAUUUGGAUGAUGAUGAUUUAUCAUGUGACUUUCAAGUUGAUUCGGGGACAUUAGCAUGUGUGGCUUGUGGGAUUCUGGGCUUUCCAUUUAUGUCCGUGGUGCAACCUUCUGAGAAAGCAUCAAUGGAGCUUCUGCAUGAUUUAGGAGUGUCAAAACACAUAGAGUCUCAUUCCCCUCUAGUCCUUGAUGACAUGGUUGAUGUUUUUGUUUCAGAUGGACUGAAGGACGAAUGUAAAGCUCUACAGAGACAAAAAUCUUCAGAACAUAACUGCCAUAUCCCAACAAGCAGAGCUUCAAAGUGUGAGAGAGAGUUAAAGUUGACAAAGGAUGACGAAAAAUCCUCAGCUGAUGCUAACAGUUUCCCUUCAGAUGCAAUUGAAAAGAUUGAAAGGAAUGAGAGAAAUUUACUUCACAAUCCUAACGGUGCAUCUUCAAGUGCCAAAUCGAUUGAAUCUGUGAUUUGUUCCUCAGAGGAUCUAUCUGCCGUUCCUGAUUUUUCUCCACCGCUGAAGGAUUUGCCAGUUUCUUCAGAAGCCAAGUUUGACAAGGGUUGGAGUGCUACGAGGGGAUUUCUGAGACCACGGAUAUUCUGUCUAGAACAUGCAAUUCAAAUUGAGGAGCUUUUGCGUUCCAAAGGUGGAGCAAAUGUCCUCGUAAUUUGUCAUUCAGACUUUCAAAAAAUAAAGGCACAUGCAGCAGCCAUUGCGGAGGAGAUUGGUAGUCCUUUUGGUUAUAAUGAAAUUCCACUAGAUAACGCAUCCCAGGAAGAUUUGAACUUGAUUGAUCUCGCAAUUGAUGACGAAGAACACGAUGAAUGUGGAAAAGACUGGACCUCAAAAUUAAGUAUCAACUUACGGCACUGUGUGAAGGUCAGAAAAAAUUCUCCGUCUAAGCAAGAGCAGCAUGCAUUGGUAUUGGACGGGUUGUUCUCCAACAUAACUCCCAGUUCCAACACCUUUAAUAUUAAGUGGCCAUCCCGAAAAUCUCGGUCAAAACGGAACUUAAAUCUUAAGAAACCAUCUGAGAGCAUUCAACUGCAGAAUCCCGUCCAGAUGAAACUAUCAGGAAGCAUUCAAAUAGAGAAAGAUGAUGUGUUGGGAGCAAAGUCUGAUGGAGGCACGGUUAGAAAAGAAGGUAAACUUAAUCAAUAUUCAAGAAGAAACUUCAAGUCGAAGCCUGGUGGCUCGGCCACGGCAACAAAGACCUUUGGACACUCUUCGAAGUAUGUGCAAAAUGAAGUUUCAGUUGCUGAUUGUGGCAAUCUAGACAAGUAUAGCAAGAAUGUAUGUCAGAAUAUCCUUUUUCACAUUGACAAUACAGGAAAGAACUCCUCAGGUUUGACUGUCUUAGGUUCUAAUGAAAACCCUGGAUUAACAAUCAGGGACCUCAGUGAGAAUUCUGUUCCAUCACAAGUUGCAGAUUUGCCUCUUGCAGCGGCGACUCCAGGGGUUGAAAAUGUUGAGGCACAGAUUGAUGACAAUUGUGGGAAGGAAAUAAUCAUGAAGGGCAAAGCUUGCGAUUCAACAUCAGGGGGUGGUUCGGAGAUGCAACAUGAGAUUGAGGUUGACGAAGGAAAUAAGGAAAAUGACAAACUCUAUGCUGAAAAAUCUGGUGGUUCUCUCUCCAUUGCUGUUGAAAGUACUGAAAAUUGUGAAACUCAGAGAGAGAAUCAAAUUACGGAGGAAAUCAGCUUGACAAAGGUGGCUUGCGAUCUGGUGACUAUUUCUGACGAACAAUGCAAUAUUCAGUCUAGUGGAGGUGUUUUGACGAAAGAGGCUUCUGAUCUUGUUAACUCUGUGCCUUCAUGUGCCAAUGGCCCUGUUGUGGGGAGUUCCGAUGCACAGAGGGAGCAAAACAUGGUAGAUAAUAUUCACGCGAGUGCUGAGGCAAUUGAUUCUGUAAUACAGGAAAAGAUUGAGAGUGUAAAUAGAAGCAAGGAGAAGGAACCUGUUUUAAGUAAUGUUGAACCAUUAAGUCGAUCUGUUGAGGAAAUGCACAGCGAUAAUGAGAAUUGUUCUGUCCCUGAAAAGAGAGUGCUGGAAAACGCUGACUCCACCGUGGUGUGCGCAAAGUCAACUGCAAGAAACGGAAGGAAAAGGCGAAGAGAAGUUGAAGCUGAUUUGAGUUGCUUUAUUAGGGGUCCAUGCGAAGGGCUAAGGCCAAGGGCUGCGAAAGAAGCGAAAAGAGGCGAAAUUGAUGACAGUAACAAAAUGUUUGAGGAGAAACCAACAUUGAAAAAGACAAGAAAAUCUUCAGAUGGUGUGGUUUCUCUGAAGGACAAGAAAGAGAAGAAUGGAAAGGGGUCCCACAGGUGUGACCUAGAGGGCUGCCGAAUGAGUUUUGAGACGAAAGCGGAUCUACUCUUGCAUAAACGUAAUCGGUGUCCACACGAAGGGUGCGGAAAGAGAUUCAGCUCCCACAAAUACGCGAUGCUUCAUCAACGUGUUCAUGAUGACGAUAGGCCCCUCAAGUGCCCGUGGAAGGGUUGCACCAUGUCAUUCAAAUGGGCAUGGGCUAGGACUGAGCAUUUACGGGUGCACACUGGGGAGCGACCUUACCAGUGCAAGGUUGAAGGUUGUGGUCUGACUUUCAGAUUUGUAUCGGAUUAUAGCCGGCACAGACGAAAGACCGGACAUUACGUGAACUUACCAACCUGACAUUGUUGUUCUAGCCCUAUAGCCAGGUUGGUUUUGUAAUUUUAUGGGGUAUAACAAGGAUUGGGAAUUCUGGGGGCAGAACAUGUCUCGGAAACAAACGUGUAAAGUUGGAUUUGAUGAUUUUUGAGUAUAGGUUAGGCGUAGACAGUCACUUUGCUUAGGUAGGUAUUCUCAAUUAUCUGUAUUGCACUGUCAGUUGAUAACCCUUUUGGGUUUUUGGGUUUUUCAUUUUUGAAUAAUUCUAAUUGCACCGAAUCUAAUCUCAAAAUUA